CUAAACUCUAGCGAGUAUAAAGUUCUUGUGAAACAUACAGGAGGGUGUCACUGUGGGGCUGUCCGCUUUGAACUGAGGGCCUCUGCAGAUUUGCACCUUCUUCACUGCAACUGCAGUACCUGUACAAAGAAACAGAUUAAAGGGUUCUUCGUUCCAGCCUCCCAGUUCAGACUCCUCAUAGGAGCUGACAAUUUAACUGUUUACACAUUCAACAUGAAGCAAGCAAAACAUACCUUCUGCAAAAUAUGUGGAGUGCAAAGUUUCUACACACCUCGCUCCCACCCCAAUGGAUAUGUUGUGAUGGCUUACUGCCUGGAUGAAGGUACUGUAAACAGCGUCACUGUGGAACAAUUCAAUGGCAAGGACUGGGAGAAGAGCAUGAAGGAGAACAAGGCCUUACAGAAUUUGCCUAAGUAA